CUCUCUCUCUCUCUCUCUCUCCUCCACUUUCUCUGUUUUUUCUUUCUUUCUUUGUAUGCUUGACACCAAAAACCCAACAUCGAAUAUCAAGAAUCUCCUUUGAUUUCUGAUACCUUCUUUGCUUUUAUUUUUCUUUUCUUUAUAGGGUUUUAUCGAAAGCUCUCUCUCUCUCUCUCUCUCUUGCUAUUAGACUCUGUCUGUGUGUGUGUAUGUGUGGGUGGAUGGCUGUGCAGCCUAUGUUGUCGUUGGGUUCUCUGCCGCUGGGGUUCAGAUUCCGGCCGAAGGACGAGGAGUUGAUCAACUACUACCUGAGGUCGAAGAUCAACGGGAAUGAAAGGGACGUUUCGGUUAUUCGUGAAAUUGAUGUUUGCAAAUGCGAGCCCUGGGAUUUGCCUGAUUUAUCCGUGAUAGUGUCAGCCGAUCCAGAGUGGUUCUUCUUCUGUCCACAGGACCGGAAGUACCCGAAUGGAAAUCGAUUGAAUAGGGCAACCAUUGCUGGGUACUGGAAGGCAACUGGUAAGGAUCGGCAGAUCAAGUCUGGAGCGAACUUGAUUGGAAUGAAGAAGACGUUGGUCUUCUAUAGAGGGCGUGCUCCUAAGGGCAUGAGGACCCAUUGGGUCAUGCACGAGUACCGCACUACCCUGAAGGAGCUUGAUGGAACCAACCCUGGUCAGAGUGCCUUUGUCCUCUGUCGCCUCUUCAAGAAACAAGAUGAGACUAUUGAAGGUUCAAACUGUGGUGAACCUUAUCCCACUGUUUCAUCUCCUACCACUGCCAAAUCUUCUCCUGAAAUCACACAGCCUGAGCUAGCACUGGAUCCAAUAUCUCCAUCAUUUGGAGGGCAAGCUGAAAAUUGUCCCACAAGUACUGACGUUUGUCUUGCUGAAAGUUCUGAUGGAACGACAGCUGACACACCUGUCAAUUGUAUUUGUGACAGCCAUGUUGCAGAAAAUGGAGUGGCAGAGUUACCAGAGCCUAAGGUUGAUCUGCAGCUGGAGGAAGCCUUGAACAUGUUCUAUGACUCGCCAAUGGAGUCACUGGAUGGCAAGAUUUUCUCCCCAUUACACUCACAGAUGCAGUCAGAGCUUGGAUCUUCUGGCGGGUAUUUCACUAUGCCCAAUGACUUGAACAAUGGUCAUAUUGGGGUGCAACUUCAGUAUGGCUCAAAUGAACCAGAUGCCAGUAUCUCUGAGUUCCUGGAUUCAAUUCUUAGUAAUCCAGAUGAGACCCUGAGGAACCUGGGGUCUGUUAAGGACAGUGGGUCAGAUGCAGAAGGGGUCAAUGCACUUUCUGAGCUUCAAGGUCCUCUGUGGUCUGAAGAGGUUGCAUUACAAAGUAAAUCUUACAAGCCGGAAGAUUUCACAUCUGAUGGUGCUGCAGAACAAACCUAUAAUAGUAGUCUCAAGGAAUCAAGCGAUCAUUUGACUACAGUUGCAAGUGGAGAGGGUAGAACAGGAAUCAUCAGAAGGACUCGCCAAUCACAAAAUGAACCACUCAUGGAGGGUGUGUCGAAGGGUUCUGUGGCACAGGGCAUUGCUCCGAGAAGAUUGCGUUUGCAGUGUAAACUUCAAGUGCUGCCAGUUCAGUGCAGCCCAAUGUCAGCAGAUUGGAGCGGUGGUGCAGGAGGCCAUGAAUCAAAACCAAUUGCUACAGAGGCUGAUGUGCAGGAGGGCGGAGCUUCAGGAAAGCAUGUUCGUGCAGGUAGUCCUAGAGCUGCCGCUGCUAACAGUGCUUAUAGUGAACCACGAAGCAUCAUUUCUGAUUCCGAUGAAAACAGUGAAAUCUCUCAAGAUCCAAGUACCGGUAUGAGGCCAAGCUCGAUGUCUAAAGGUGACAUUUUGACAGGCAUUAACGGCCUUUCUGUGUUCUCAAAAGCUGCUCCUCUUCGUCGCAAGAUCGGGUCGUUCAGGGUAGUAGUGGUGGUUGUAGUCGUGAUCAUAAUCUUUGCUGGCGUAUGGAGAUCAUCUCUUAAAUUUUGAGGCUACUUUGGAGACCAUUUUGUGUAUAUUGUUGGUCGGGUCCCAAUAAUUUUUUUUCCUUUUGGUGGUAGGGGUCACUAAUUAGGCUUUUUGGAGGGAUUUGUUAGGUUAGUCAAUAGUAUUGUAGUUCCUCUCAAAAAAAAAAAAAAAAAAAAAAAAAAAUAGUAGUGGAGUUAUGUAGUGAGUGAUAUUAUCCCCUGCCAUAAUUUAAAAAAAAAAAAAAAGAAAAAGAAAAAGCAAUAUAUGCUUGGACUACUGUUUUAUGUAUAAAAGCUUUUCACUUCUUGCGGC